AUGUCCUCGUACCAUCCGGGACACGGAAACCGAGACCCGCGGCGGUCGAAUGCUCCGGCGCGACGUGGAUUCAAGCGUCCGGACGACGCCGCCGACGUUCCGCGCACCGGACCGCUCGUUUUCGAGGAGCGAAGCAGCGAGACGAGUGCGCCGCCCGUCGAGGAGCACCUUCAAGUGCACAACAAUCCAUACGCGUCGCUAAACAUUCAACAGCAGAGGAUACGGCUGCCCAUCUUCAAAGUAAUCGAUGAUUUUCCGCUUCAGAUUCUUUUUCUGAAAAAAUCUUAUGGUGUUCGGCUGUUUUUCCACUCAACGUGCUGUAAAACGCGCUUUCUAAUACCAAAUUGUUUGUUUUCCAGCCUAAAACAGAGUCAGACCAAAAAUCGUUUUUAAAAACUCGAAAUUUUGCAACACCCAAAAAUCUUUUUUUAUUCCAGAAUCGUGGUCACAUUCUGUACAUGUGUGAACGCUAUCGAACAGUGAUAAUAGUCGGCGAGACGGGAUGCGGAAAGAGCACUCAAGUGCCGCAGUUCCUGCUGGAAGCGGGAUGGGCGGCCGACGGACGGCAGAUUGCGAUCACGCAGCCGAGGAGGGUGGCCGUCGUUACGGUAGGCCGGGAAAUUCUAGGCCACGGAAACACAAAUCAGAAAAACUUUACAGUUGGCGACCCGAGUUGCCGAGGAGAAGGAUUGUAUUCUGGGGCACGAUGUCGGGUAUACGGUGCGAUUCGACGACGUGUCCGACAAGGACACAAAAGUGAAAUUCAUGACGGACGGCCUGCUGCUCCGCGAGAUCCUCGUCGAUCCGUUGCUCUCCCGCUACAGCAUCAUCAUGAUCGACGAGGCGCACGAACGGUCGUGCAACACGGACAUCCUGCUCGGACUGCUCCGAAAGAUCAUGCAGGUCCGCAACGAUCUGCGGAUCAUCGUCUCGUCGGCCACACUCGACGCGCAGCUGUUCAAGGACUUUUUCGAAAUGAACGAGAGCGAAAAUGCGGAGAAGGACACGGCGGCGAUCAUUUCGGUGGAGGGAAGAACCCAUCCGGUGGCAGUGCACCACACCAAAACGUUUGUGAACGACUUCUGACCCAGUUGUGGUAUUAUUAUGGAACUGUGGCCGCGGCCACAAGUCCAAAAGACCACGCCUUGCCCUAGAAACAAGCCCCUCAUUUUCAGUUCGGUGCCAGACUAUUGCCAAGCGGCCGUGGACACUGUCCUCAACAUCCACAAACACGAGAUGGCCGGCGACAUUCUCGUCUUCCUGACCGGACAGGACGAAGUGGAGGACGUGUGCGAGAAGCUUCGCGACGCCUCGCAGUCCCUGCGCAACGUCGACCGUCUCUGGGUGGUCCCGUGCUACGGAGCCCUUCCGGCACGCGAGCAGAUGAAGGCGUUCGACUCGACGCCCUAUGGAACACGAAAAGUGGUCGUGGCGACGAACAUCGCCGAGGCAUCCAUCACGAUCCCCGGCAUUUGUUACGUGAUCGACACGGGAUUUGUGAAAUUGCGGGCGGUCAAUUCGAGGCACGGAGUCGAGAGUCUGAUGCGAGUCACCAUUUCGCAGUCGUCCGCCGAGCAAAGAGCCGGAAGAGCCGGACGGAUCCGUCCCGGAAAAGCCUACCGACUGUAUCCGGAGUCGGAGCUGGCGAAGAUGGCCGACGGAACGGUCCCGGAGAUCCAGAGAUGUCAUUUGGCCGCCACGAUCCUCCAGCUGAAGGCGUUGGGCAUUCAGAAUGUGCACAAAUUUCACUAUUUAUCGGUAGUGCCUUUUAUAAAGUUUUCCGAGAAACUGCGAAUAUUUUAGCCGCCACCGUCCUGGUCGAUGAUCAAUGGAUUGGAAUUGCUCUACGCACUCGGCGCCGUUGAUGAAACGUAAGAAAUGGGGAAUUUUUAGACUGAAAUUUUGCCAGAAUGAAAAUUUACGCCAUGCAGAUCGGCGCUAACGAGCCCGCUGGGCGUGCAAAUGGCCGAAUUCCCGCUGCCGCCGAUGCACAGCAAAUGCCUUUUGAAGUCGGGCGAGCUCGAGUGCAGCGAGGAAAUGGUGACGAUUGUGGCGAUGAUGCAGAUCCAGGACGUGUUCGUGACGCCGUUCCGCUCGCGGCACCAGGCGGACGUGAUGCGCAAAAAGUUCUCCGUCGAGGAGGGCGACCACAUGACGAUGCUCAACGUGUUCACCAAGUUCGUCGAGGCGGGCCGCAGCAAGAAGUGGUGCUUCGAGCACUUUGUCAACUAUCGCGGACUCAUGCGGGCGGACAAUGUGCGCAGUCAACUGGUUAGACUGCUCAAACGAUUCGAGAUUCCAAAGAUCUCCUGCAAGGGUCUUCUUAGUAAGUUUUUAGACGGAUCCCGGAACCAAUGAAAUUCGCUUUUUUUCAGACGCAUCGGAAAACAUCCGUCGAUGCCUGGUGACGGGAUUCUUCUCGCAAGCGGCCAAAUACCACUAUACUGGCAAAUAUAUGACUGUAAAAGAGGAAUUCGCAUUCAACAUGUACAAGGGCUCCUCGAUUAUGUUCAAAAAGGACUAUCCGCCAUGGUCUGAGACUUUUUUGAAAAACUAGAAUACUAUUCGAUUUGCAGGGUGAUAUUCACGGAAGUGAUGCAGGAUUCGAUCCGCGACGUCACCGUAAUCGAACCCGAAUGGCUCUACGAACUGGCGCCGCACUAUUACGAGUUCGGCACCGAAGGCGAGCUCGCCGAGAAGCGUCUCAAGCAGAGUUGA